AAAUAUUGAGUUGUUGUGUGUCACGGAGUCAAUUUUAAUUUGUGUUAGUGAGAUAAUCGUGUGUUUGGAGAAAAUAUUAGUGUUGAUUGUUAAUAAAAUUCUCGGAUUCUGUGAUAUGGGAUCGGCAAAUGGCGCUACGAAUAGCUAAAGUUGACACAACUACGCGUUUAGCACGGUCACUGACAUUAGCACCUACAAUGGACCAGCAAUUCUGUUUGCGCUGGAACAACCACCCGAACAACCUGACUGAUGUACUUGCAAGUCUACUACAGAGAGAGGCGCUGUGCGAUGUCACAUUGGCCUGUGAUGGGGAGACUGUCAAGGCACACCAGACCAUAUUGUCAGCCUGCUCUCCAUAUUUUGAAAGUAUAUUCCUGCAAAACUCUCAUCCACACCCGAUAAUAUUCCUGAAAGAUGUCCGGUUUUCAGAGAUGAAGUCAUUAUUGGAUUUCAUGUAUAAGGGUGAAGUAAAUGUUGGCCAAAAUAUGCUACCUAUGUUCCUAAAAACAGCCGAAAGUCUACAAGUUAGAGGUUUGACAGAAAAUAAUACAUUGAAUCCUAAGACAGAAGACCGGUCAACGCCAUCGGUGAGCGCGGAGAACCUAUCGUCGCGCGGUGAGUUCGCUACGCCGCCCGCGGCGCACUGCGCGCCGGCGCCGACGCCGCUGCCGGCGCCGGCGCCCGCGCACCCGCACGCGCCGCUUGAGAAACGCCGCCGAAAGAACUCCGCCGCGCCCAGGGAGGACGUCGACCUCUCCUACAGACAUUAUGAGGGCCACCUAAAGUCAGUAAAGAGCGGGUCUUGCGGGUCGGGGUCGGAGCCGUCGACGCCGCCGCCGGCGCACGUGCCCCGCGCGCCCGCGCGCUCGCCGCUGGCGCCGCAGACGCCGCACGUCAAGCAGGAGCCCGACACGCCCUAUCCCCCGCCCGCGCCCAUGCCGCCGCUCCACCCACCGCCGCACUUCGACCAGGCGCCGCAUCUCACGAGUAUGGAGAUGGCAACAAUGCUAACACAGCACUCUAUUGGGAACGAAUGCAACGAGAACGAGCCCAUGCUGCAGCCGCCCCCCGACCCCAACGACACCAUAGAUGGCUCGAAGGGCUGGCACAUGCGGCUGACGUUCGAGCGCGUGGCGGGCGGGCUGAACCUGCACCGCUGCAAGCUGUGCGGCAAGGUGGUGACGCACAUCCGCAACCACUACCACGUGCACUUCCCGGGCCGCUUCGAGUGCCCGCUGUGCCGCGCCACGUACACGCGCUCCGACAACCUGCGCACGCACUGCAAGUUCAAGCACCCCGCCUACAACCCCGACACGCGCAAGUUCGAGCCGCCGCCCGCGCCGCAGUCCGCGCCGCCGCCCGCGCCUCUCUUCGCCAACCACCUGGACGCGGGCUUCGACUGAUUGUCCAUGUACUGGCACGGCAUGGACGCUCUGUGAGCGCACCGGUGUCAGAGACUCCUUGUUGAUGUGUCAAAAUUUUAACAGACCGUCUCGCGUCGAAACUGCUUCCUAAUUAGGAUUAAGCUGAAGUGCUAUUACUUAAACGGGCCUUCUUAAGCCGCUCGUCUCGGGCGACUCGUUUAGUAUUGUCUCGGUUGUGCGUUAGACUUGCCCCAGUGUGACCUUGUAUAGAUUCCAAGUCGGGAAUAUUAACUAUUAUGUCGAUGUUACUGAAUUAAAUGACUCGAAGCGUAUUUAACUAGGUAAGCAAAUUUUUCUAUACCAAUCGCUAUACGGGAACGGGCAAAAGCAAUAAUAUGAUGUUAAUUUUAUUACCAUAUUAUUUUUUAUAUUAUAUCGAUAGGAAUCUUAAGCUAUUUAAGAAAUAUACAUUAUAUUGAGUAGCGGUGCGACCGCGAAGUGAUGCUGGCUAUUGGGCGGCACGACGUGUCUCCGACUUUCUUGUUAUAUUUAUUCAUUAGAUAGGAAAUUAUGAGUUUCCUGUAGCCAAUUGUAUUUAUGUUAUUUAUGUACAUCGUACGGGUGGUGCGCGAACGACAUCUAGGGAGGAUACCGAGGACUGUCAAGAGAUUGUGAUCUGUCGUUGGUCAACGACAUAUAAAUAUUGACUGAAUCUCAGUGUAGAUGCAUUUGUAACUCCAUGAGGCCUUUGCAAGAUGGAUAAAUUUAAGGUUUGUGAUGUAUUAAAGGAUAGCGCCUAAGGAAACAUACGAAAAGAUUUUUAUACUAGACUAGUUGAUCUAUUUACGGAGAUUGUUUUUUUUAUACUUAGAUAUAUUCUAUGUCUGAUUUAAUAUACUUUUAUAUAACUAUAUAAUAUGAUUUAUUAGUGUUGUUUGUUUUUAUUCAGCAUAGUAACAUUGAUUUCGUUUAUAUUCAGUUGACGUUAGACGUAUGGACAUAAAAUGUUAACAAGUUUAUUAUUUUCGUUGGUAGGUGUUUAGUUUGCGGCGACGGGAAUGCCCGAAGCCGUCGUGAGAUCGGUGGCAACGGGAAUAACCAUAGCCAUCGUGAUAUCAGAUCGGUGGCGACGGGAAUAACCAUCGCCAUCGUGAUAUCUGAUCGGUGGCGACGGGAAUAACCAUCGCCAUCGUGAUAUCACAUCGGUGACGACGGGAAUAACCCACUGCCAUCGUGAGAUCAGAUCGGCGGCGACGGGAAUAACCGUCGCCGCCGUGAGAUCGGUGCUGGGGUCUCAGACCUCUUUCAAUUACUAUAAGAUAGGAUGGAUCGUUCGAGGUUGCGCAUUUAGUAACUAAUAUUGGCAUUCUGCGAUUGGGACUAACCUAGCGUUUAUGUAUGUAUUUUUCAAUUAAGAUUUAAGAUUGUUACAUUUUUAGCUAAACACUUAGAGUGGUACGGUAACUGAAAUGUGAUAAAAUGGAAUGGUGCUAGAACCAAGAGUGUUAACACGCUACGAUUCGACUCCUAUUAUAAUAUUAUUAAUGUUUUAAUGAUUAGUUAUUUUGCAUUAUAAUGUAAGGCAUCUAGCAUCCAGUUGAGGUCGCAUGUCUGGUCAACGGGUACACCACGGAUCGUUCGCUCCUAGAGAUUACAGUAUCACUCGAGAUUUUACCUUAAUUUUUUCAGAGAUCUUCAAUUUUACUAAUAAAUAAAUAUUAAAUAAUAAUAAGACCACGUUUGAAUCUGAUUAAUGUCUACCAAAUAUAAGAAAGUUCGGAUUUUAAAUAUAACGGCAUCCUCAUAGGACCCUUGAUCAUUUCCGAGAGCUAAGUUGUGGUGUUAGUGCUAUUUAGAAGCUGUGAACAAUUUCACAUGUGCAAUUUUUGAAAAUAGUCAUAACUCAUAGAUAGAUUUUACAAUUGUCUAUUGAAUAUACGGGCCCACCCGAAAUAGGCACUAAGCUCCCGCUCUGUAAUUUUAUUGUAACUAAAAUCACCAAACAUGUAAUGUACUUCCACAAAGAUUUUUAUAUUUACUUUAAGGAUAUCAAAGAUUUUUAUACCUACUGUUCAAUAAUAUAUCGUGGGCGCUUAUUAUUUGAUAGCAUUUCAUACUCAGUGCAAUAUUACUAGUUAUUUAAUUACGUAACCAAACUAAAGGAUAUUUUAAAAGUAUAUAAUUAAUGUCUUCGAAGAGAACUACCUAAUUGUAUUUACAUAAGUGAACUAUUCCUAAUUUCUAUCACAGUCUAGUGAACAGUUUGGGUUACGGCGAUGUACAGGUUUUAUAGCUGGUAAUAUUAAUAAUAAUUAGCUUGUUUACCUCUGCCAAUCGUAAUAGUUAUGUACUAUUUAAUAAUUUAUUAUCGCGCAAGUGGGAGUCUUGUUGAAAUAGAUCAUAGCUAUCCGUAUCGGGUUUCGUGGCGGCGCGGUAGCCCGGGGGAGACGAGGGGUAAGCGGGGGGAGGGCUGCACACACCGUCGCUAGUACACGUCAAACGCUUCAUCUAAUCAUCAAUGCAUUUUAUAUUACUAUCACUCGAGACCAAUUUUAAAUAUUGAAUUUGCUCUAUAGCAAAUUGGUUGAUUAGUAACAUAGAAUAUUAUUUUAGAUAUUUUAGCUUAGGAUACUUGAUAGUGUCUGGCCAGAAUAUUUUGGAGUAUCACAUCGUUUGGCUCAGAAAAUAUCUAUCUUUGAUCUCUUUUCGGCUUUCAGAAAGUAUGCAACUUAAUUAUUGUAUGGUGACCACGUAAUUGGACUUAAUGAAAGCUAACUUUAUGCCAUAUGGAAUUUAUACAUAAGGUUAACGAAUUACUAAAUUUAGUCUUAUGAAAAUGGAGGUCUUGUGGACCUAGUCACUUGUUUGGCCAAUCUAUUGAAUAUUCCAAUUUAUUGUAUAUUUAAAUUUUACAAUUGUAUCGCAAGGGAUGUGAUUUUAUCAGUUCGAAUCAAUGGAGUGCAGGAUAAGCUCUAUGGUUAUUUCAGGAUAGCAAUGGUCUAGUUUUAUUUUGUUCGUCUUUAUACAAUUAGCAAAUUUGUUAUAGUGUCGUAUAUCACAAUAGUGUAAUUCUAAUAGGGAGGGGGUGUCAAAUCGCGAACCUAUCUGCUGACUGUCAGUCUUGUUAUAUUAUUACAUAAAAUUUUAUGAACAAUAUGUUGUUUAUGAAUAUUUUGUUUGAUGUCUUGGUUUGAUGCCUCCGUUAAAGUUUAAUUUAAAUAAUUUUGUUUUAUGCAAGCAGUUAAUGCAAUUUUUUUUUCACAUUGUUUGUUUGAUGUUAUGUAAUGCAAUUUUAACAUGUUGCAAACUCCUGCAUUUAUCUGUUGUAUUUAUUACUAAUUUUUACAUUAAAUUGUGGUAUGUUACAA